UAAAGAAAACUAGCUGCAGUAAAUUAGUCUACCCAAGUAGAGCAUUGCUCAGUCAUAGGUUAGCUGCCACUUGACACUGUUCAUUUGGAAAAGUUGGGAUUCUUUCGGAUUCUUUAUCCAUGUUUACUGCAGUACUGAUUGGAAUUCUGUAUUAAAGUUGAACUAUCUUUGGCCCCCUCAAAUUGGCAACCUGGUACGUUAGAAACAACUCGACGAAGAAGAGAGGAGGAUUCAUCCGCUAUGUCUGCUUCGUCCGGGAAGGAAAGCGGCAAGGCUCCGCCCAGCCAGGGCGUGGCCGGCACAUCCAACGGGAAUGCAUCCGUCAACCGGAAGGGUUCGACGGAGAGCGCCCAGAAGAGGGUGCUCUUCCAGAUCUCUGAGGAUUCAACGAUGGACGAGUCGCCCCCGCAGACGCCGAAUAACAACGGGGAGAGCUCGGACAGUGUCUUCACGGCAACGGAUUCGGGCUCAAAUAGUGAUGUUGGAAACUUCAAACAGAAGAAACCAGGAAGUCAAGCCAAAGACGCAUCCAAGCCCAGAUUAAGUGCCCUCGGUGCCCCACACCUAUGCCACCUGGUCUCCCCUGUAAUGUCAAUGUCGUCGGAUAACUUCCGACACAGCAUGUCCGGUAUGAACCUGGUGGAGAUGGACAGCCGACGGCCGGUCAACAAUCGGGAGUGGCGUCAAGGACGCAGGGACAGCAAAGAUUUUGCCGUCGCUACGUCCCCAGAAUUUGUCAGGAAGUAUGGAGGCAACUUUGUUAUCAACAAGGUUCUAAUUGCUAAUAAUGGAAUCGCUGCUGUCAAGUGUAUGAGGUCUAUCAGAAGAUGGGCUUUUGAAGUCUUCAGGAACGACAAGGCCAUCCGUUUUGUUGUCAUGGUAACACCUGAAGAUCUCAAUGCAAAUGCAGAGUACAUCAAGACGGCUGACCAUUAUGUGCCUGUACCCGGCGGGUCGAAUAACAACAACUAUGCUAACGUCGAGCUCAUCGUUGACAUAGCAACUCGUAUGCAGGUGGAAGCAGUGUGGGCGGGGUGGGGUCACGCCUCCGAGAACCCCAAGCUCCCCGAAAUGUUACACAAAAGCGGCAUAGCUUUUAUAGGACCGCCUGAGAAUGCCAUGUGGUCGCUGGGGGACAAGAUCGCAUCGUCCAUUGUUGCCCAGAGCGCUGGGGUGCCCACCCUGCCGUGGAGUGGGGAUGGCUUGACCAUCGACUGGACCGAGGAGGACGCCAAGAGCGGCAAGGUCUUGACCAUUCCCGAUGACCUCUACCGCAAGGGAUGCGUGGAGGAUGCCGAAGAGGGCUUGCAGGCGGCGGAGAGGAUUGGAUUCCCAGUAAUGAUCAAAGCUUCAGAGGGUGGCGGUGGAAAGGGAAUCCGUAAAGCCGAGAACAAGGAGGACUUUGCUAGUCUCUUCAGACAAGUGCAGAAUGAAGUACCAGGCUCACCCAUUUUUGUGAUGAAAUUAGCAAAGAGUGCUCGUCACUUAGAAGUCCAGCUGCUCGCUGAUAAGUAUGGGAAUGCUAUCUCCCUGUUUGGUCGAGACUGUUCCAUUCAGCGUCGCCACCAGAAGAUCAUCGAGGAGGCACCGACUUCCAUCGCAAGGGAUGAAGUCUUCAAACAGAUGGAGAAGGCUGCGGUAACUCUAGCCAAGAUGGUUGGCUAUGUGAGUGCAGGAACCGUGGAAUACCUCUACAAUGACGAGGACGGCACUUUCUCUUUCCUCGAGCUAAACCCCCGUCUUCAAGUGGAACAUCCCUGUUCGGAGAUGGUGGCCGGAGUUAAUCUCCCUGCAUUACAGCUACAGGUUGCUAUGGGUAUUCCCCUUCAUCGCAUCAAAGAUAUCAGGGUACUGUACUCUGAAAGCCCAUGGGAGGACACACCAAUAAACUUUGACAACCCUCCCAUACCCCCAUCCCCCAAGGGUCAUGUGAUUGCCUGUAGGAUCACCAGUGAAAAUCCAGAUGAGGGCUUCAAACCCAGCGCCGGUACCGUCUCUGAACUGAACUUCCGCAGCAGCAAGAACGUCUGGGGUUACUUCAGCGUGGCAGCUGCAGGAGGGCUCCAUGAGUUUGCCGAUUCUCAGUUUGGCCAUUGCUUCUCAUGGGGAGAGGACAGAGAAGAUGCCAGAGAGAAUAUGGUGGUCGCCCUGAAGGAGCUCUCAAUCAGGGGUGACUUCAGAACGACGGUGGAAUACCUGAUCAUGUUGUUAGAGACGGAUUCCUUUCAGAAUAAUGAUUUCAACACUGCCUGGUUGGACAGGCUCAUAGCAGAAAAAGUCCAGGCAGAGAAACCAGACCCAAUGCUUGGUGUGAUCAUCGGGUCCAUUCACAUUGCCGACGCAUCCAUUCAUGAAAGCUUCUCCAACUACCUCACCAACCUUGAAAGAGGACAGGUCUUACCGGCCAGCACCCUCAGCAACACCCGAGAGGUGGACCUCAUCCACGAGGGCAACAAGUACGUCACCGAGGUGACGAGACAGGGUCCCAACAGCUACCAUCUUUGCCUCAACAAGUCGACAGUAGAGGCAGAGAUUCAUAGGAUGCCCGAUGGAGGUCUCCUGGUCUCCUACGAUGGCAGCAGCUACACGUCCUACCUCAAGGAACAGGUUGAUAGUUACCGCAUCACCAUCGGUAUUCAGACCUGCAUCUUUGAGAAGGAGAAUGAUCCCACUGUCCUGCGCUCUCCAUCGGCAGGCAAGCUCAUCAACUUCGUGGUGGAGGACGGAGGUCAUGUAUACGCAGGUCAGCCGUACGCUGAGAUCGAGGUGAUGAAGAUGGUGAUGAGUCUUAGGGUCAACGAGACUGGAUGCAUCCAUUAUGUAAAGCGUCCAGGAGCCGUCCUUGACCAAGGGAGUGUUGUGGCCAAACUGGAGCUUGAUGACCCAAGUAGAGUCCAAAAGGCCCAGCUGUACACAGGGAAGUUUCCGGAGGCCACCAACCCCCAGAACGUUGGGCUGAAACUCAACCAGAUGUUCAGGAAGACCAGAGAAUCCGUGGAGAACAUCAUGAAUGGAUACUGCCUCCAGGAACCACACUUUACCAAAAAGUGUAACACCAUUACAGAUAAGCUAAUGACAUCAUUGCGAGACCCCGUCCUCCCUCUUCUUGAGAUGCAAGAGAUGAUAGCGAGCAUCUCUGGGCGUGUCCCGAACACAGUGGAAGCGGACAUCAGGAGACUCCUCAACAACUACUCCAGCAAUAUCACAUCCGUCCUCUGCCAGUUUCCAAGUCAACAGAUUGCCAAUGUAUUGGAUCGCUAUGCAGCUACCAUGCUGCAGAAGAAAGCUGAUAGAGACACUUUCUUCAUGCACACUCAGGGUAUCGUGCAACUUGUACAACGCUAUCGUAACGGGAUCCGGGGCCACAUGAAGGCCAUCAUCCAGGAGCUGCUCCGGCAUUACUUGGACGUGGAGAAACGGUUCCAGCAUGGCCCUUACGACAAGUGCGUCUUUGCGCUGAGGGACGAGUUCAAGGGUGACAUGUCGACGGUCUUCAACAUCAUCUACUCUCAUUCCCAAGUCCAGAAUAAGAACAAGCUGGUCGUAGGCCUCAUUGAUCGGUUGAGCAGCCGUGAAUCUGGUCUGACCGACGAGCUCACCCAAAUCCUGAGCGAGCUGACCACCCUCAACAAAACCGACAACUCCAAGGUGGCGCUGCGGUCGCGCCAGGCCCUGAUCGCCGCCCACCAGCCAUCCUACGAACUCCGUCACAACCAAGUGGAGUCCAUUUUCCUGUCUGCCAUCGACAUGUAUGGGCACCAGUACUGUCCAGAUAGCCUCAAGAAACUGAUCAUGUCCGAGACGACGAUCUUCGACGUCUUACCAGAUUUCUUCUUCCACAUGAACUCGGUCGUCAGACAGGCUGCACUGGAGGUCUAUAUAAGACGGGCAUACAUCGCCUAUGACCUGAACUGCCUUCAACAUGCAAUGCUCUCCAAUGGUUUGUGCCUUGUGGAGUUCCAGUUCAUGCUUCCAUCUUCCCACCCCAACAGGUUCCUUAUUACAGACAGGGGCCACAAUGUCCCCGGCACUAAGAGUGUCAAAAAGAAAAAGUCCAAUUCCGGCUCCAGAGGAAAGAACAGCCGUGUGAUCAUCAAAUCUCCCAGAUCAGAUGGCCUUCCACGAGUGGCUAGCGUCGGUGAGGAGCUAACGGGGGCGUACUUGCCCCCCUGCCAGAGGACAGGCCUCAUGUGUGCCUUCUCCAGCAUAGGGGACUUCGAGAAAUCCUUUGACGAGGUCAUCGACCGCUUUGCAGACAUGCAUCUUAAUUUCUCCCACGGUGUGGACGCGGACAACAACCCGGAACACAACUGCGAGAUCGACGAGCCGAUCCACAUCGUCAACAUCGCUAUCCAGUACAAGGAGCUGAAGAGCGAUAAGGAUCUCGGGGAAAUGUUCAUGGGGUUCUGUAGAGAAAGGAGGCAGAAGCUGUUCGACAGGGACAUCCGACGAGUCACGUUCGUCAUCUUCCAAAGACGGGAGUUCCCCAAGUACUUCACCUACCGGGCAAGACUGGAUUUCCAUGAGGACCGUAUCUAUCGCCAUCUGGAGCCAGCCUUAGCAUUCCAGCUGGAGAUCAACAGAAUGAGCAACUUUGAUCUACACCUCAUGGACAGAGCCAACUACCGCAUGCAUCUCUAUCUAGGCUCGGCUAAGUUCAUCCAAACUCCUGUCGUACGAGACUACCAUGCUGGCAGUGCAGAUCAUAAGCUCAAGCCCCCUGACCCACAUGUGGAGAAAGGUCAAGAGGUCACCGACUACCGCUUCUUCCUGCGAGCCAUCAUCCGUCACUCUGACCUGGUAACCAAGGAGGCAUCCUUCGAGUAUCUCCAGAACGAAGGCGAGAGGAUGCUCCUCGAAGCUAUGGAUGAACUUGAGCUUGCCUUCACCCAUCCCGAUUCCAAACGGACAGACUGCAAUCACAUCUUCUUGAACUUUGUACCCACCGUGUACAUGGAUCCGCUGAAGGCCACAGAUAGCUUACGGAACAUGAUCAGCCGCUACGGAUCCAGGCUUUGGAAGCUACGCAUCUUGCAGGCAGAACUCAAGCUUAAUGUCAAGUUGAAUGCACACAGUCCACUACUUCCAAUAAGGAUCUUUGUGACCAAUGAAUCAGGGUAUCGUCUAGACAUCAGUACUUACCUGGAGGAGACAGAUCCUUCUACUGGUUUGGUGAAGUUUGUGUCGUAUGGCAUGCGAAAAGGAGUUCUCCACGGUCGUUUGAUCAACGCCCCCUACAUGACCAAGGAUCAUCUACAACUCAAGCGAUACCAGGCCCAGAGCCUGGGCACGACUUACGUCUAUGACUUCCCUGAGAUGUUUAGACAGAAUCUAGUCAUUCUGUGGGAGCAGCACAAGAAGAGCCAUCCUGAAGUGGAGAUUCCGGAAGAAAUUAUGACGGGACACGAGCUAGUCCAUGACAGGAACAAUGAGCUUCAACACAUGAACAGAGUACCAGGAGAGAACACAAUUGGUAUGGUUGCAUGGCAGUUUACAUUCCUCACCCCGGAAUACCCUAAGGGUCGUGACGUGGUCGUCAUUGCCAACGACAUCACCUUCAAGAUUGGAUCAUUUGGUGUGGAGGAAGAUAGCCUCUUCCAGAAAGCCUCAGACCAUGCAGUCGAGAAGGGGAUUCCCCGCAUCUACAUCUCGGCCAACAGCGGGGCUAGGAUCGGACUGGCUGAUGAGGUCAAGUACCUCUUCAAGGUCGCCUGGGAAGAUGCAAAAGAACCGGAGAAGGGAUUCAAAUACCUCUAUCUCACACCGAGUGACUUCAAGAAGCUGACUCCUUUGAACUCUAUCCGUGCCGAUCACAUCGAAGAAGAUGGAGAAUCUCGCUACAAGAUUACAGACAUCAUAGGCAAGGAUGAAGGAUUGGGUGUAGAAAACCUAAGAGGAAGUGGUAUGAUCGCAGGAGGGACAUCAAGAGCCUAUGAGCAGAUCAUCACCCUCAACAUGGUCACCUGCCGCGCCAUUGGAAUCGGAUCAUACGUGGUCCGCCUCGGUCAGCGCAUCGUCCAGAAUGAGAACUCCCACAUCAUCCUGACGGGAGCGGCCGCACUGAACAAAGUCCUCGGACAAGAGGUCUACACGUCUAACAGCCAGCUUGGCGGCAUACAGAUCAUGCACAACAAUGGUGUCACACACGCCGUCUCAAGGGAUGACUUUGACGGUGUGGGGACGCUACUCAGGUGGCUCUCGUACAUGCCAAAGGCAAAGGAUAGCCUCGUUCCCAUCAUUCCCAGUGCAGACCCAAUAGAAAGGGAGAUUGAUUUUAUCCCAUCAAAGGCACCAUACGAUCCAAGACACAUGCUUGCUGGUCGACCCAACCCAGAUAAGGUCAGUGAGUGGCAGUCUGGAUUCUUUGACAAGGGUAGCUUCAUGGAGAUUAUGGAACCAUGGGCCCAGACUGUCGUUGCAGGAAGAGCCAAAUUGGGAGGUAUUCCUGUUGGUGUCGUCGCCGUGGAGACGAGGUCGGUGAACAUUGAGAUCCCUGCUGACCCAGGCAAUCCUAACUCAGAAGCGAAGACGAUUUCUCAAGCUGGAAUGGUGUGGUACCCAGACUCAGCCUUCAAGACUGCACAGGCCAUCAAGGAUUUCAACAGAGAAGGGUUACCACUCAUUGUCUUUGCCAACUGGAGAGGUUUCUCUGGAGGAAUGAAAGACAUGUACGAGCAGGUGCUGAAGUACGGGUCCUACAUCGUCGACGGCCUGUGCGAGUACAAGCAACCAGUGAUGGUCUACAUCCCGCCCUUCGCUGAGCUGAGAGGAGGAUCUUGGGUGGUUAUCGAUCCCUCUAUCAAUCCUAAGUACAUGGAGAUGUAUGCCGAUGAAGACAGCAGGGGAGGAGUUCUAGAACCAGAGGGUACGGUAGAGAUCAAAUUCCGUAAGAAGGACCAAGUGAAAGUGAUGAGACGCAUCGAUCCGGUUUGUUCUGCUCUCAUGGAGAAACUGGCCAGACCAACGCUCAGCAAAGAUGAAAAGACAGCACUCACCAAACAGCUGACAGAAAGAGAGGAUGCCUUGUUACCCAUUUAUCACACUGUCGCUGUGACCUUCGCUGACCUUCACGACAGGGCAGGUCGCAUGCAGGAGAAGGGAGUCAUCUCAGAAAUCCUCAAGUGGAAGACAUCCAGGACGUUCUUCUACUGGAGGUUGCGCCGUCUCAUCCUGGAGCAUGCCGUUACCAAGAGGAUCUCUAAGGGUAACCCUAAGCUCUCCCACGGAGAGAUCCAGUCCAUGCUAAGGAGAUGGUUCGUGGAAGACCAGGGAACAGUGAAUUCCUAUCUUUGGGAGGAUAACAAGGCUGUGACGAACUGGUUAGCAGAACAAGAGAAGAAAGAAAAGGAGACGAAUACAUCCUUCUUGGUGGAGAACAUUAAAUCAGUAAAGAGGGACAGCAUCAUGCAACAGAUGAGACAGCUAAUCCUUGAGAACCCUGAUGUCGCCUUAGACUCCAUCAUCCACAUCUCCCAACAGAUGUCGUCCAGCCAACGCACGGAAGCUGCCAGGAUACUCUCAUCCAUAGAACACAAAUCAAAUUGAUGCGGUUCCACUGCCGUCCCGGAAUCAAGAUGUAUUGUGUAACCAUGGCAACAAGAAUCAUAGCGCCAUUGCUUGUGGACAGAGUUCUCUUUCAUACUCAGGCUUUGCUAGCAACUAUGGUGAUAGGUGAACUAUGUUCCCAUCGCAACAAGAAUCGUAGCUCCAUUGUUUCUGGACAGAAUUAUGUUUCAUACACAAAAUUGUUAGUAAUGGUUA